AAAUUGGCAGAUUCUCUCUCUCUAAAAAAUAUUAAUAAUAGUAAAUAAUAGAAAAUAAAAAAUUGAAAUUAUUAUGGUAAAAAACAAAUGAAUUAUUCGUCUUGUUUAAGGUCCUCAGAGAAGUGAGAAGUGAGUGAGAUACAGAGAGAGAGCUUUCUUUUAAGCUUUUGAGGGUUUUACCGGGCACCAGGACACCAUGCCUAUAUUAAGGGAUCUGUGAAAGGGACCACCCUGAGCCGUCGGAUCAAAUGGGAUCGUCGUCAUCGGCUUUCUUCGUGAUCUGCAUCCUCCACUCUCUGAUCGCCGCUACCUGUGGGGCCCUGAUGAUGUUCUACAUGAAGGAAAUCUACGCCUUUGGCCAUGGAAACGAGAUCGCCGUCAAGCUUCUGGGGUCCACUCCCCAUGACCAGCUCCUGAUUCGCACCUCCGAUUCGUUCUCCGGGAUGCUUCUUUUCGCGAUCGGCUUUCUUCUUUUCAUGGUUUCCUUCGUGAAGGAUAGGGAUUUCCAGAGCUUCUUCGCUAAAGGCUGUACAAUCCUCUAUGUGUUCAUGGCUCUCUGGAGGGUUAUCUUCGAGCGGAGGGUAGAGGACCUCGCUUGGGAUUGGCUCAGGCAGACAGUUGGCGACGUUCUAUUGGGCCUCUCCUGGGUGUUCUUUCUCAUCUAUUCCUGGAGAGAGAAGUACGAUUGAAACGCCGGCUUUUUUCGCGGUGAAAUUACGGUUUCUUUUUCUUUUUCCUUCGUUUCGGAUUUUCUUGAAUAUGGGAAGGUUUUACCAAUUUCACUGUUUAGGUUAGAAUUGGGUGUAAGUUUGAAAAAUUUUACAAGAAAAUUUCUUGACAUAGAAAGUCCGUUUCAUGUUUUUCAGGUUUUUUUUUUUUUUAAAUUAAAAUUUGUGAAAUAACAAUUUAUGCGCAGGUGGUGGUCUUGUAGAUAUAUAUUUGUUAACUUCUGUGGAUAUUGAAAUGAAAUACGUAUAUAGAAUGUAAUGCUUGAAUGAUGA